AUGAAGCUCUCCUCGACAUUGGCAAUUUUCCUCGCGGUUUUUUUCGGCUGUCAUUCAAGUCUCUCCGCAAAAGUCGAGGAAUCAUUCCCAAGAGUUGUUACACCGCUUGGAACGAUAGAAGGGUAUUACAAAGUAUCGAGUAACGGUAGUCGUCUAGAAGCCUACGAAGGUAUACCUUACGCCAAACCACCGAUCGGCGAGUCGCGAUUUCGGGUCGCUAGCCGUCUCUCGCCAUGGUCCGGCGUUUUGAAGGCGAAACGGUUUGGGCUGCCCUGUUUGCAGUACAAUCAAUUCCCGAUGGAUCCUGCCAACAAGGUCGAAGGCUCCGAGGAUUGCCUUUACAUGAAUGUUUACGCGGCGGAUCGAUCUGAUCGCCACUUCAGGAGAGCUGCAGAAUCAGCCAAUUUACUACCGGUUAUUGUCUACAUUCAUGGAGGCGCGUUUCAAUUCGGGAGUGCGAUGACUUACGGGCCAAACUACUUGCUCAACAGAGACAUUGUUCUUGUCACGUUUAAUUACAGGCUUGGACCACUGGGUUUUCUGAGUACGGAGGACGCGACAGUCCCCGGGAACAUGGGUCUCAAGGAUCAAGUAAUUGCCUUGCGUUGGGUUGCGGACAACGUUCAGUCCUUCGGCGGGGAUCCGGCAAGGAUUACCAUCGUAGGGCAUAGUGCUGGGGGGGCUAGCGUACAUUAUCACUACUUAACGAAUCUCACCUCAGGCUUGUUCAAAGGCGGAAUUUCGCUUAGCGGUACAGCGUUGGAUUGCUGGACGCAGGCGGAAGGAGCUCUGGAUAAGGUGAAAAAACUGGCAUCUAUCGUAGGGUGUCCAUCAAGAGAUGUCCAAGACAUGGUGGAUUGUUUGAGAAGUCGCCCCGGAUAUCAGAUCGUGCAAGCCGUUGGAGAGUUUAUGCCGUGGCGCUACAACCCUUUUACUCCCUUUGGACCAGUGGUCGAGAAAGGCGGCAGCGAGUUUACGUUCAUCGAUCGAUCUCCCAUUGAAAUAAUAAAUUCUGGCCAAGUGCAGGACGUUCCUUGGAUCACGGGUAUCACAAGCGAGGAAGGCCUCUAUCCAGCUGCUGAUUUUGUGGCCAGCGAGAAACUUCUCAGAGACCUGAAUAAUGAUUGGGAAUCGAUCGCGCCGCACCUACUCGAUUUCAAUUACACCGUACCAAAAAGCGAACACUCCAAUGUUGCAAGAUUGAUAAAGCAACACUACUUGGGAACAAGACCAAUCGAGAAAUCCACCGUCAAGGAAAUCGUGCAAAUGAUUAGUGAUCGUUUAUUUGUCUACGAUGGUAUCCAGGCAGCGAGACUUCAAGCUCGGGUCAAUCAGAGUCCCGUGCGAUUUUAUUAUUUCACAUAUAGAGGGGCCCACAGCGUGAGCGAAGCAAUCAGCGGCAGUACAGAUGAUUUUGGUGUCAGUCACGCGGAUGACGUUGCGUAUGUUUUGGAUACCUCAUCGGCAUUGUUUAAUUCAUCGACAACGCCGCAAGACCGAGACAUGCAAAAGGAGUUGAUUAAUAUCUGGGUGUCGUAUGCAACAGAAGGCGUUCCAAAUAUCGGUGUUGAAUGGCCUGAGGUAAGCAGAUCCACGGAUAAAUUUUCCUAUCUGCACAUCGGAGGGCCGAAAGAAAUUGCUGUAAGGGAUGGGCCCAGCUUUGGAGAGGAGAGAUUUUGGCAUGGUAUCGAUUUACGCGAAAAUAUUAUGGAAUCGAAGAACUACGGCAAGGCCAGGAGAACUGAGUUGUAA